AUAAAGUUUCUUCUCUCAGAAAACGUAUGGUUUCAAAUUUGAAUCCUAAACUUUUAACGCCUUUUAAAAUACCUAAAAAGAAAGCUCAGCUUUAUCCUCGGAGCCAACAAUUAUCUAUAUCUCAAAAUCAACAAAUGCCUACACCUCAGAUUCAACAAGCUCCUACAUUACAGAUUCAACAAGCUCCUACAUUUCAGAAUCAACAAAUGUCUACGUCUCAGAACCAACAAAUACAUACGUCUCAGAACCAACAAAUGUAUACAUCUCAGAAUCAACAAAUACAUAUGUCUCAUAACCAACAAAUGCAUACGUCUCAAAACCAACAAACACAAGAGCAUACGUCUCAAAACCAACAAAUACAAGAAAAUGAUAAAGAACAAAUGACACAGACUAAGGAUAAUCAUUAUAAUCAAGCAAUCGGACAAUUUGAAGAAAAAGACGAAGAAGUAUCAGUGCUGAUUGCAAAAAACAAACAUGAAGUAUUACAGCAAAUUACAAAUAAUGUGAUUAUACAAUUUCCCGAUACUAGCAAACCGAUUGAUCUCAAUUUGAAGAUUUCAUUUAUCAAUUAG